UUAUUCUGUGGUGGUCAAUUAAAUAUUGUCAACAUCAAUAAUAACCUCAAAAUAAGCUAAAGUUUUGACUUUGUUUGAUUAAUUCUAUAUUUAUUAAAGAUUUUACAUUAUCAGCACUUUUUUAAGUCGACCCUUGGCUUAAUUACUUAUUUUUAGUAAUCAGCUGGAAUAAAAUUUUGAAAUGGCCUCUAAAGAAAGCGGAGAAAAGACGAAGAGCGCACAAGGAGCGGGCGAUAAUAAAGAGAAACGUAGAAAAGAGUCCAUUCUCGACUUAAGUAAAUACUUAGAAAAAAGUAUCAGAGUUAAAUUUGCCGGUGGUCGGGAAGCAGCAGGCAUAUUGAAGGGUUACGAUCCUUUAUUAAAUUUAGUUUUGGACAACACAACAGAAUAUUUAAGAGAUCCCGAUGAUCCAUAUAAAUUACUUGACGAUACAAGAGCUUUGGGCCUUGUUGUGUGCCGAGGUACAUCUAUAGUGCUUAUCUGUCCCAUGGAUGGCAUGGAGGCAAUACCUAAUCCAUUCAUUGCACAGGAGUAAUACUAUGUCUUAAGUUAAGUAUAAUAUAAGGCUAAGUCAAUAAAUAUGUUUUUACAA